UCUAGAUUUUUAAACAUGGUACUUGGAUUAAAUACCUGUCCAAACUCUUAGCCGUCCUCUUCACUUCGGAACAACAACUAAGUUAAAACCGAUCUCUGAAGAACGACUUUACAAGUUUUCACUCUUAGCACCACUGCCGAUUUGAGUGUGAGCAUUCAGUUGAUACACUUGGGGAGAGCUGGAUACCACUGACUCUAACUGGACUCUCUCGUUCUAAAAUCAGCGGAGUUUUGUGCGUGGAAGACGUCUUGUUACCUGUCCCAUUCAGAGGAGCGCAGUUCUGUUCUCCCCAGCAGCGUGCCCAGGGCUAUCUGAAUCCAGCGCAAGAGCUCAGCAUCCAAGCACCCAACGGCCUGAACAUGAGAGUCCUGUUGGUCUGCGCGACUGUGCUCAUAACUCUGGCAGUGGUGUCAGAGGCGAGACCAAAAGCAGCUUCAAAAGAGAAAUGCAAGGCAGGGCCAGUGGAUCUGGUCUUCAUCAUUGACGGCUCGCGGAGUGUGCGUCCCCAUGAGUUCGAGUCCAUGCGCAAGUUCAUGAUUGACAUCAUCCACGAGAUGGACAUCGGGGCCACCGCCACACGCGUGGGUGUGGUGCAGUACUCCAGUCAGGUGCAGAACGUAUUCUCUCUGAAGACCCACACCCGCCUUAAGGACAUGGUGAGGGGCAUCAACGAGAUCAUCCCGCUGGCACAGGGCACCAUGACCGGCCUGGGCAUCCGCUACGCCAUGAACGUGGCCUUCUCCACCGAGGAGGGCGCCCGGGCCAAUGUGCCCCAUGUGGCAGUGAUUGUGACCGACGGGCGCCCUCAGGAUCGCGUGGCGGAGGUUGCCGCGGCCGCCCGCGAGUCUGGCAUUGAGAUUUUCACCGUGGGCGUGGGAAGGGCAGACAUGACCUCCCUGCGUGCCAUGGCUUCUCCACCAUUUGAGGACCACGUCUUCCUGGUUGAGAGCUUCGAUCUUAUUCAUCAGUUUGGCCUGCAGUUCCAAGACAAACUUUGUGGAAUCGACCUGUGUGUGGACUCUGACCAUGGCUGUGAGCACAUCUGUGAAAGUUCACCAGGCUCCUACCAAUGCCUGUGUAUGCCCGGUUACACACUGAACGAGGAUGGCAAGACCUGUGCACCAAUUGACCUUUGUGCUGAGGGCAAACAUAACUGCGAGCAAAUCUGCAACCCCACGCCUGGUGAAUUCACAUGUGCCUGCAACCCUGGAUACACCUUAAACAAGGACAAGAAGACGUGUACAAUGAUUGACCUUUGUGCUGAGGGCAAACAUGACUGCGGGCAAAUCUGCAACCCCACGCCUGGUGAAUUCACAUGUGCCUGCAACUCUGGAUACACCCUAAAUGAGGACGAGAAGACUUGCACAAUGAUUGACCUUUGUGCUGAGGGCAAACAUGACUGUGAACAAAUCUGCAACCCCACGCCUGGUGAAUUCACAUGUUCCUGCAACUCUGGAUACACCCUAAAUGAGGACGAGAAGACUUGCACAAUGAUUGACCUUUGUGCUGAGGGCAAACAUGAUUGUGAACAAAUCUGCAACCCCACGCCUGGUGAAUUCACAUGUGCCUGCAACUCUGGAUACACCCUAAAUAAGGACGAGAAGACUUGCACAAUGAUUGACCUUUGUGCUGAGGGCAAACAUGACUGUGAACAAAUCUGCAACCCCACGCCUGGUGAAUUCACAUGUUCCUGCAACUCUGGAUACACCCUAAAUGAGGACGAGAAGACUUGCACAAUGAUUGACCUUUGUGCUGAGGGCAAACAUGACUGUGAGCAAAUCUGCAACCCCACGCCUGGUGAAUUCACAUGUGCCUGCAACUCUGGAUACACCCUAAAUGAGGACGAGAAGACUUGCACAAUGAUUGACCUUUGUGCUGAGGGCAAACAUGACUGUGAACAAAUCUGCAACCCCACGCCUGGUGAAUUCACAUGUUCCUGCAACUCUGGAUACACCCUAAAUGAGGACGAGAAGACUUGCACAAUGAUUGACCUUUGUGCUGAGGGCAAACAUGACUGCGGGCAAAUCUGCAACCCCACGCCUGGUGAAUUCACAUGUGCCUGCAACUCUGGAUACACCCUAAAUGAGGACGAGAAGACUUGCACAAUGAUUGACCUUUGUGCUGAGGGCAAACAUGACUGUGAGCAAAUCUGCAACCCCACGCCUGGUGAAUUCACAUGUGCCUGCAACUCUGGAUACACCCUAAAUGAGGACGAGAAGACUUGCACAAUGAUUGACCUUUGUGCUGAGGGCAAACAUGACUGCGGGCAAAUCUGCAACCCCACGCCUGGUGAAUUCACAUGUGCCUGCAACUCUGGAUACACCCUAAAUGAGGACGAGAAGACUUGCACAAUGAUUGACCUUUGUGCUGAGGGCAAACAUGACUGCGAGCAAAUCUGCAACCCCACGCCUGGUGAAUUCACAUGUGCCUGCAACUCUGGAUACACCCUAAAUAAGGACGAGAAGACUUGCACAAUGAUUGACCUUUGUGCGGAGGGCAAACAUGACUGCGAGCAAAUCUGCAACCCCACGCCUGGUGAAUUCACAUGUGCCUGCAACUCUGGAUACACCCUAAAUGAGGACGAGAAGACUUGCACAAUGAUCAACUAUUGCUCAUUUGGAAAUCACAGUUGCCAGCAUGAGUGUCUCAGUGUGCUCAAUGGCUAUUUCUGCCGCUGCAAUGAAGGAUAUACCCUGCAGGAGGAUGGCAAGACCUGCCUGCCUGACAACCUGUGUAACUCAGUGGAGCAUGGCUGUGAGCACCAAUGUGUCAGCACGCCAGGAUCCUACCACUGCGUCUGCCCUGAGGGUCAGCUUCUGCAGGAGGAUGGCAAGACCUGUGGAACCUGCAGGUCGGCCAAUAUUGACUUGGUGCUCCUGAUCGAUGGGUCUAAGAGUGUGCGACCACAGAACUUCGAGCUGGUGAAGAAGUUUGUCAACCAGGUGGUGGACUCCCUGGACGUGUCGGUGCAUGGCACGCGCAUCGGCCUGGUGCAGUACUCCAGCCGCGUGCGCACAGAGUUCCCCCUGAAUAUGUACCAGACGGCGGACGAGAUCAAGAGCGCUGUCAUGAACGUGCAGUACAUGGAGAAGGGCACCAUGACUGGCCUGGCCCUCAAGCACAUGGUGGAGAACAGCUUCUCGGAGGCAGAGGGAGCACGCGACCUCAAGAGGAACGUCCCUCGCAUUGGCCUGGUCUUCACUGAUGGACGCUCUCAGGAUGACAUCACAGAGUGGGCUAAGAAAGCCCAGGAAGCUGGUAUUACCAUGUAUGCUGUGGGUGUUGGGAAAGCUGUAGAGGAUGAGCUCCGUGAGAUCGCCUCAGACCCAGUAGAGAAGCACUUCUUCUACUCUUCUGACUUCACUGCCAUCAAUCAGAUUGCAGAGAAUCUUAAACUCAAUGUCUGUGCAGAGGAGAGCCAAGGAGAGAUUGAAGUUAAGGACCCAUGUGCUUGUGAAAGCCUUGUUGAGUUCCAGCAGGCCACCAUGGCAGCCCUGGACCAGCUAAACCAGAAACUGUCUACGAUGAAUGCCCGAUUGGAAGACCUGGAGAACCAGCUUCUGACCAAGAAAUAAGAAGCUCUUGACCACCCCCAGACAAUCAGGAAAAUAUAAAGAAGGAGCUGGAGUUCCACAAUUAUCACAGAUAUACCCACAGCACUAAGGAGUCAAACUGAAUGACAGAUGAAAUCAGGUUGAUCCCAACAUUAGUUCUGACUCCUGUGUUCAGCACCAAGCUCUUUUUCUGUGAUAUCGCUGUCACUUUCUUCUUUGUAUGUUCCUUGCAGCCGUUCAGGAAGUGGGAUGUGAUGGCCUGUGAAGGGAACUUCACAGUGAGAAGUGAAAAAUGCUCUUAUGGUCUAGUCUCCCAAAAUAUCCCAGACACCAGUGCAUGUUUCAUGCAUACUUAAUAGGACACAAAGAUGGGAGGCACAUUCAAAGCAGAAGUUGCCAUGGGCUUUCAACAUAAUUUUUUAAUCCCCAGAACAUUUAUGCCCAUAUUUCAUGGCAUUUAUUUCAUCUAUUUAUACUUGAUCAAAUACAGUUUAUGUUAAAAAAAAUGGUUUAUUUAUGUGAAAUUGUUCAUUUUGUGAGGAGACAAAGAAGUGUUUGUAUUGUACCACUCCACAAUGUUUCCUCAAUCAUUUAAAUUCAAGUGUUUCAUUAUCAUCAACCUCACAUCAAUGAGAUAACAAACACUGAAUAGCCUGAUCGUCAAAUCAGUACUGUAUCAAUCUGUAAACAAACAUACUUUUAUUGUUUCUUAUAAAAACAAUAACAUUUUAGGGUCUUAAAGCAAUGAGAAUGCUUAUGCUACAAGGGGCAGCAUAAGUAACACACAUACAAAUCCUAAACAAAAUAUGUGAUGGAAAGUCAAACAGAUUCCCCUUAUAGACAUGAAACUGUAGAAGUCAUUGUAUCCUCCUGAGCCCUUGGAAAUGGAGGAAUUAGUAAAAAAAACAAAAUAAACCACCUUAACCGUGAGGAUUGCUAGAAUAGAAUGUAAAAUAUAGUGUGAAAUAAGUGACUGUUGAGAGUGUGAGGAGAGAAAGAUGAAGACCACCAUUGUGGGUUAGUAGCAUGCCCAGGUGCCCCAACAGACCACUUUCUUUUAUUAAAUAAAGAACACUUUGUAAAAUGAGAUAACUGGCCUGCCUACAUUUUUUGAGGCAUUGCCACAGUUAUGAACAAAGAAGCAUUAUUUUCUUCUUGUUCUCGUUAUCCUUGUAUGAAAUGGCCACAGUAUGAAGCAUAAAAAUUAAUUAUUCCUGUUACUUGUACUUUUGUAUAUUUUCUAAUAACCAUUUUUGUAAGCUUGAGGAUUCUCUAUAUUCUUACAAAAGAUGAAAUAAAAAAUAAACUUUUAAUUAUAA